GGCUGGAGUCGCGGCGCCUCCCUUAUAAGCACCAAACCCUAGCCCGAAACCCCUUCCUCCGCCAGACGCGCCGGCUCCUCUUCGUCCUCCUCCACGCCCGCUGCCGCCGCGUCUCCUUUCCAGGUAAGAAGAGGAGGAGGGCGAAAUGGUGAAGCACAACAACGUUAUCCCCAACGGCCACUUCAAGAAGCACUGGCAGAACUAUGUCAAGACAUGGUUCAACCAGCCCGCGCGCAAGCAGAAGCGCCGCAUCGCUCGUCAAAAGAAGGCUGUGAAGAUCUUCCCACGACCAACUGCUGGCCCCCUUCGCCCCAUUGUGCAAUGCCAGACUCUGAAGUACAACAUGAAGUCAAGGGCUGGGAGAGGCUUUACCCUUGAGGAGCUGAAGGCAGCAGGCAUUCCAAAGAAGCUUGCUCCAACCAUUGGCAUUUCUGUGGAUCACCGCCGCAAGAACAAAUCACUUGAGGGACUGCAGGCUAAUGUCCAGAGGCUUAAGACAUACAAGGCCAAGCUGGUUAUCUUCCCAAGGCGUGCUCGCAAGGUCAAGGCUGGUGACUCUACUCCUGAGGAGCUUGCCACUGCCACCCAGGUCCAGGGUGACUACAUGCCUAUUUCUCGUGGUGAGAAGCGCUCGAUUGAGGUUGUGAAGGUUACCGAUGAGAUGAAGGCAUACAAGGCCUAUGGUAAGCUCCGUCUGGAACGGAUGAACAAGAAACACCUUGGUGCCCGCCAGAAGAAGGCUGCUGAGGCGGAGAAGGACGAGAAGAAGUGAUUGGAUAUAGUUUCUAUUUUGUUUCUAUUCAGUCACUAGUGGAUGUUAUCGUCAAAUGACUUUUCCUAAAUUUUGCUUUGACGCUGGAAAUAGAGACCAGCUGAUCGUUUUGGUGUCCUCAUACUCCUUCAGUUUGAUACCUGGUACUACCUGUUUGCGUGCCCUGCUAUCUAAUGGGUCAUUGGAUUCUGCUC